UAUUCUCAUUGAUUAAUCUUCUUGGCAAAGAACAACAGUUUAAAUCUGUAUGCUAACUUACGUUGCCAAAGAGGUUCUAAAAUCGCUACUACGUGCACAAUAAAUGUAAAACCGUAAAUUGUGGUUCGCGAUUUAACACGUAUAGCGAUUUAUCCGGCCAUUUGCAUUUUGCAAGUUUCGAAUAAAAAAGACAGAAUUAUGGUUAAAUAUAUAUUGGUUGUCACGUUUCUGUUGGCAAUUUUCAGUUUGUGCAGCUGCAAAACUAAACAAGAUUUACUGGAUGAGAAAGUUAAACAACUGACUGAGUGGAGCAACCGACGGACUGUCAUUCAAAUGAACUCAAACAAAUAUUCAACUUAUGUCAAGUCCAAACCACGUAAUUAUUCCAUGAUUGUAAUGUUCACCGCACUCGACCCCAAACGUGGUUGCAGCGUUUGUAGAGAAGCCAACGAUGAGUUCACAAUAUUAGCGAACUCGUACAGGUUUUCACCUGCUUACACAAGUUCGUUGUUCUUCGCUGUUGUCGACUUCGACGAAGGAUCCGAAGUUUUCCAAUCGCUUGGUUUAAACUCAGCUCCUGCCUUCAUGCAUUUCCCCCCCAAAGGCAAGAGGAAGGGAGCUGAUACGUAUGAUAUACAACGACUUGGGUUCCAUGCCGAUAACCUCGCUAAGUGGAUGGCUGAACGAACAGAAGUUGUGGUUCGAAUAUUCCGCCCCCCCAACUACACAGGCACGGUGGUGCUCGUGUUACUUUUCUCGCUUGCUGGUGGUUUACUUUAUGUUAGAAGGAACAGCCUGGAAUUCUUUUAUAAUAAGACCUUUUGGAGCAUUUUGUCUAUUUUCAUUGUGUUAGCGAUGACAUCUGGUCAGAUGUGGAAUCACAUACGUGGCCCGCCGUACUACCAUCGUAACCCACAGAAUGGUGCGAUACAUUACAUACACGGGAGUAGCCAGGGACAACUGGUAGCGGAAACACACAUCAUAAUGUUGAUACACGCAGCUAUUGUUGGUGGGUUCAUCUUACUCAACGAGGCUCAUCAACCUAAAGUUGAUAUUUCCAAGCGUAGAAUCAUGGCGAUUGGAGGGUUAGUGUUGGUUGCUUUCUUCCUGAGUUUGCUGAUGUCAAUAUUCCGACAGAAAUAUCAAGGUUACCCGUACAGUUUCCUGCUACGUUGAUGCGGUCGCAACAAAUUGUUUCCGACAAUUUUACGGGGACUUAUUUUGUGUGUCACGUAUACUUGGUAUUAAUGUUUAGAAUACAUUGUUGUUUGUGCGCGGCGUGCAACACUCAUUGCCGUUCUCGAUGCUGUUUGAAUCUGUUUAGCAUCGAAAAUAUAACACAUACGAAAUUUAAAACUUUGUUAAAAACUUGAAAUAAAGCCCUUGUUGAAAUAAAUAAUGGGAUGAAUUCAUCCCAUUAUUUAAGGUUUAAAUCCAGAAUAAACAGUUUAUUUC